UUAAUGAAACAUCAAAGCUUCCCCUCCCUGCAUAUUCUGGUGGAAGGGUAAGGGUUUAUGAGGGACCAGUACCAUGCAGCAGAGAAGAAAUAUAACCUAAAUCCCAAUAUUUUGUUAUCUUCCAUUACGGACAGAUUUCUUGGGGUUUUUCCAUUAUAAUUGAAUAUUUCUGCUUCCAUUUAAGACAAUUUUAUAUGAAUGAUCAACCCUCAUCCAAUUUCUCAGUGCCUUCCUAGAAACUGCCGACUCCAUUUGUGAAAAAAAUACAAAUAUCUUUGUAGACUACAUGUAUUCGGAAGAAAAAAGGAAACAAAACAAACAUCUGUUUAGCAGACUGGAACCAGACUGGGCGUCAAUGGUCAAAUUGGACUACAAUCUACAAAUAAAUACAACCAACAACUAGCUUGGCAAAGUUCUUCAAGUUCAGUGGUACGUUUACAUGCACCCGACUGUGAGCAUCCACAGUGCAGUGUAGUCCAAAAGACUAUAGCCUACCAUAAAUUUUGAACAACUAAACAAAAGACCAUGAUUCGAGCUUUCGUGAACUUCUCUCAUCUGCGAUCGAUUAGACUUAGAAGUAUGGUUUUUCACCGAAAUACAUGCGGAUCUCGAAGGUUUUACACUGGAAAACUAGGUGGGAGCUCGAGCUUCUUCUCGCACUCACGAAGUUCAACAUUUGAUGGUCAUCGCAGCCGAAACUUUCCCGAGGCGAGACUUGUUACCACACCAAGAAAGAUGUCUUCCACUGUACCAGCUGAAUGGAGGAAAUUUAUCACCAAAUUUCAGGAGGCAAAGACAGAACAGGAUGGCCUUGCCAAGAUUUUCAUUAACAAAGAUCUUAGCUAUGGAGAGUUCAACAAAUUUGGGAAACUCAAUCCAUGGUGUAUCUUCGACUACUGUGAAGCCAGUCUCAAUCUCUUCCAACCAGACUUCACAGGCAAUGAGCAUUUAUCAUUGUUUGGCCGCAACGUCGAGGUUAAUCUAAAGGAGGGCACUGAAGGCAGAAUCCAAAUUGACCAAGCCCUCAAGUUUAAAAUCUGCUUGACUUACUUAGGGAAGAGUUCAGCGUAUUGGGAAGCACAGUGCAUGGAUCUGAAUACAGAUGAAGAACUGGCAAACUAUUGGAUUCAGAUGGUCACUGUGGAUAUGAAAGACCGUAAGCCAAAGCCAUUUGCGUACUUGCUUGAGGACUUCUGUCCAAAGAACCUUCGAGAAGAGCCGCCAAAUGGUUUUGAUCUCGAGUUCAAACCAGAGACAGCUUUCAAGCAUGAGUUUGUUGUCAAUUGGAGCGAUACUGACUUCAAUUCUCACUUGAAUCAAGCUGAUAUGUGUCGAAUGUGUGUAGACUGCGGCAGUUUUGCUGCAACGCAGAAUUAUCUUUCUGCCUUCAGUGUGUAG